AUGGACAAGUUCGAAGACAAGACCAUUACGCUGCCCGACGGUAGGCUCAUGGCUUAUGCCAUCUACGGCGUCGACGAUGUCGCGGCACCUACAAUCUUUUACUUUCACGGCUUCCCGGGUUCUCACCAUGAGGGGUAUCAAUCAAACGCCGCUGCCCUCAAGCAUGGCAUCCGCGUCAUCGCUCCGUCGCGGCCUGGCAGCAGCAUGUCGACAUUUCAGCCCAACCGCCAGCUCACCGACUACCCCAGCGAUAUUCUAGCGCUGGCCGAUCAUCUCUCUGUUGGCAAGUUCGCCAUCAUCGGCGUUUCUGGAGGCGGUCCGUACGCUAUCGCAUGUUUCAGAGGGAUCCCGCGUGAUCGCCUCGUGGGCGUUGGUCUUGUUGCUGGGUUGAUGCCUUCGUCGUUGGGCACGGCGGGCAUGUUGAUGAAGACCCGCAUCAUGCUGGGUAUUGCGCCCUGGGCUACUGGACUUUUGGGAUGGUUGGUGGAUGGACAGAUGGGAGCAGCAGCUCGAGAUGAUGACCCAGAGAAGAUGCAAAAUCUACUGGACCAAGAAUUCUCAGGACGUCCUGAAAAGGAUAGAGACAUGUGGGAGAAUUAUCCAGAGAUGAAAGAGGUCAUUGUUCGCUCGAUGCGAGAAGCCACCAAGGCAGGCGGAUACUCGAUGGCAUGGGAGGCUCGCCUCUACGGGAGCGAUUGGGGAUUCAAGCUGGAGGACAUCAAGGUUGAGAAGGGACGGAUGAUAUUCUGGCAUGGAGAUGAGGAUGUGAAUGUCCCCAUUAGCAUGGCUGAGAAGGCAGUAGCACUGAUGCCGGGUUCUGAGUUGAGGGCUCAGAAGGGGGAGACGCAUAUGACUGUUGUGGUUAGGAUGGAUGAGUAUUUGGGAGAGUUGAAGGCUAUGUUGGCUUAG